UCUCUUGAAUUUUAGUAAAUCCGAAAAAAAUAAAAAUAAAAAGACCAAUCAAGAAGAAAUCAAUUUUCUUGAAUGUGGGUCACCACCAUCCGUCAAAAAAUGUCAGCCAACAAGCAGCAGCACCCACUGUCCCACUCCUCUUUUCUCUCUCUCUUACAUUGUUUUCUGCUAUGGUCUUAGAUUCGUUCAUUUCCCUAACCUAACUGAUAUACUGAAAUGCUUUUUAUGUAACCGAAGCUCUUCUUUCACUAUCUCAUCCUUUCAACCAAAUUACGCACAUCUGCAACUCACAAAUUCUUCUUUUUGUUUGAGUUGAAAAAAGCUUGGUUCUACUUCUAUUUCAACUUCUGGGUCUGGGUGCUAUUGAUCUCCUUCCUGGAAAUAUUGAUUGGUUGAUGUGUACAAUUCCACUACAAGCAUUCGCACUCUAGCUUUUUGCUACCGCAUAGUAGCAGUUGUAACUCAAUAACUUAUUUUAUCAAAAAUGGGUACAUUUCGUUCAAACUACCCGAUGAUACCUGAGGGAGACAGAACAAGAUCUGUCCCUCACUUUUCAUGGUUUCACCCUGGAAAUUAUCUAGCUGCAACAAGAAAUGGUGGAUUCAGUCCAUUCCAAGGAACUCAAAACAACCCCGAUGCAGCAGGACUUGCUGCUGUUCCCAUUCGAUGCAUGCCUAUAAAUGAGGCAGCAAAUAUUGUUGUGGAUGCUGAGCCUCUGCCAUCUAAGCCUGCUAAGAAGCCAAAGACAUCAAAGAAGACCUCCAAUGAUCCUUCACCAAAGGAACCUAAACUGAAAAUUAAAAAGGGUCAGUCUUCAAAGGCUAAAGGUGGUGGUACUUCACCCUCAGGAAAGCGUGAGAGAAAGAACCUGAAUUUCCGUAGCUAUGAAUCAAGCACGGAUGCUUCCGGAAUCCCAGCUCCGAUUUGUAGUUGUACAGGUGCUGCUAGGCAGUGCUACCGGUGGGGUUCAGGGGGAUGGCAAUCGUCUUGCUGCACAACUAACAUAUCAGAGUAUCCGCUGCCUAUGAGUACCACCAGACCUGGUUCGCGCACUGCUGGAAGGAAGAUGAGCCAUGGAGCUUAUGAUAAACUUCUCCAAAGACUUGCUGCUGAGGGUUUUGACCUUACAAUUCCAAUUGACCUCAAGGAUCAUUGGGCUAAGCAUGGUACCAACAAGUUUGUGACAAUUAAGUGAUUAAUGUACUAGUUCUUAACGGAGGUGCUUCUGUUUCUUGUUUCUCCAUUACAGUAUCUGCAUUAAUUUCCAAGUAGGCAUAAUCUUAGUGUUUAUAUUCAAGCAGAUCAAUGUUUAAUACAGGUAUGUAGAUGUUUGAACUUGUUCAGUAUCUAUAGUGUAUGGUAAUUUAUGGUCCGUUUCGGAAAGGGUUUUACCCA